AUGAAGCCCUUGUCGGUGGUCCUGCAGGCCACACCCUUUCCUCUGGCAGCCAGCCUAGGGGGUGAGGGACAGGCCACCACGCUUCCUCUCACCACCAGGGGCCGCCCUUUGCAGUGGAACAACCGCUCAGCUUUUCCGUUGGUAAAGGUGGGGAGGGUGAUCUCAGGGCUCUCCACACCUAUCAAGGAAGGACGUGCAGAUGAAGACACAGCUGACAAGCUCAGCAGGAGCAAGGCCAGGUUGGGGCCACACCUUCCACCCCCAAGGUGUGCAGACUCCCCUGCUUGGAGAAAAGAUGACCCCUGCCCGCCUCCUCUGUCUGCCCCAGGGACCUGGAGACGCAGGGCCCAGGAGGAGGAGCAAGAAGAGGAGGAUAAAUAUGAGCUGCCCCCCUGUAAGGCUCUACACCUAGCCCCCGCCCACCUUCCUGGCACUCAGGAGGACUCUUUGUACUUGGCCCAAGGCAGCGUGGAGCCCACCGGAGGCCACAAAGCAGAGCUGGCCCUUUGGGAGGCGAGGCCCUGGCAGGGCGUCAGCCAGUGUCCUUCUGGGGAGGGCCUCGCCCAGAGCUCCUCUUGGGUGCUCACGCUCUCUGAGCACAGGACGGGGGAGGUGCUCACGGGCGCCCCCUUCCGGGCAAAGGAGCACUUUCAAUCAUUCCAGGUCCACCUUGUGCCGGGCCCAGCAGAGAAGCCCGAGGAGGACAUUUACCUAGAUUGUGAGUCCAGUCCAGUCCCGGCCUUGCCUCAGACUCUGAGCUCCCAAGUCCUGAGGCCCCCAGUCCCUCUACCAAGGACAUCAGUGGGGGCCAGGUGAGUGCCGCAGGCCCCCACAGCCCCCCAGGAAGCUCGGAAUGGAGCACCGAAUGCCACCUCUAAAGGUGAGUACCGCCAUUCCUCUCUCUGCUCUGUAGCCGCCACCCAGAACGCCUCAGCUGCCGAGGAAGGCGAUCUGCUGGGCCAGCCUUGGUACUCAGGGAACUGUGACCGCCAUGCUGCUGAGAGCGCCCUGCUCCGACGCCAAAAGGACGGGGCCUACACCGUGCGCCCCAGCUCAGGCCCUCGCGGUUCCCAGCCCUUUACCCUGGCAGUACUUCUCCACGGCCGGGUCUUCAACAUUUCCAUCCGCCGGCUGGAUGGCGGGUGCCACUACGCCCUGGGCCAGGAAGGCAGGAGCCACGAGGAGCUCUUCUCCGUGGCCGCCAUGGUCCAGCACUACCUGCAGCACCCCCUACCGCUCGUGGACAGACACAGCGGCAGCCGGCAGCUCACCUGCCUGCGCUUCCCCACCAAGCCCUGA